UUUCCUCAUAUCUAAGUAGUCUCUUUAAAUGAUGUAAAGCGUUGAUUAAAAUAUUCCAGAUUUGAGAUCAAUUUCUUUUUUGAACCCUCAAGUAAAUUCUAUUAAUGUGAUUUAUGCUGGAAUAGCUUUAAAUUUUUCAUUAUUUAUAUGCUUGAUUAUAGAUGGAAUACUAUUUACUUACUAACAAAAACUGAACAAUUUCUUAAAAAGUUUUCAUAGAAAAAUGCAGCUUUAUAUUAGCUUUAUUGCUCAAAUAUACAACUAUGUCAUAUUUAUUCCGUUAGUGUAUCAUACUUUGCUUCAAUAUGAUUUGUAUUAUAUCUCAUGCAUCUCAUUUAUUAGCUGUAUUCUUAUAAGUACUGCAAUCAGUUUACAUAAUUAAAGUUAUGGCUUCUCUAACUAGCAUACUCUAGGUUUUAGAACUCCUUUUGUUUGGUAAUUUUGCUUGCGCUUCUUGGAAGUUAUAAAUUGCAUUUUUUUAUCUUUUGUAAAUGAAUUAACGGGUCUUAUUAUUGUCAAUUUCAUAUUAGCAAUAUAUUAGCUUAUUUAUCUGUCAUUUGGAUGUUUUUUAAAUAGAAUAAAAACUCUUUUUUGGAUGGUGUUUUUUAACUGUUUGUAUUUGUUUCUUGCUAUUACUUUAUUUAUUGGCGAUGUUAAUAACCAAUAAAUAUCUAUGAUCCUACUAGCUCUAAUAGUUAUUCCUAUAUCCUAUUCGAUUACAUAGAUUAUCUCUAAAAAGGAUUUAGAUUUUGAAGUACUUAAAUAAAAUAAAGAUAAAUAUAAUCCUAAGAAAGAUUUUUUAAUUCGUCAACUCCUACUACUUUCAAAGCUAGAUUACGAAGAUUAUAGGACUAGCUCUUUAUCUCAGUUUCAUGAAAUCAUUUCAUUAGAUCACAUUAUCAACUGCACUUAAUAUCCUAAAUGUUUCUGUUUUGAUACUAUAAAUCAAUUAGAUUAGUAUAAAUAUGAAGAUUUUUAAUAAUCAGUUUUAUCUGGAAGAUUAAGAUUAAAAUUUCUAAACUAGUUUAUAUAUGAGCUUUUUAAGAAUUUUUGUAGUAAUAAAAGACUCUUGAAGAAUAGUGGUUAUACUAUUGAUGCCUAUUUAAGCUUUAUUAAUUAUUUGAUAGAUAUUAAAAAAUCUAAAGUUUAAGUUUUCUGUGAGCUUGUCAAAUUGAAUUCGAAAUAAAACAUUUCGUUAAGAGAGAGAGCAUUGCUUCAGGAAACAUACAAAAAGGCAUAAAAAAAUUUCGAUAAUCAAACAAUCGCUUAAACUUAAAUCCAUGCUAAAAAAGUAGAUAAAGAAUAAUAAAUUUAGUAAAAUGUAGUCUAUGAAAAAACAAGGGGAAGUUCAAAAAAGUCAUUUGUCUCAGUUGAGUUGAGAGAUUAUUUAUGUGGAAUUAAAUUUGAUGAAGGACUUAAUUCGCUCUAAUAACUUUACGAAAAAUGCUUAGCAUAAAAAGAAAAUAUCCUCAAAAUGCUCAGCAAUGAUUUCAUAAAUUUGAAAGACUUUAAAUAAAAAGCUAUUGAAUAUUACAAUAAUAGAUUAUUAUUAUAAAAUACUCUAAAAAAUCUAAGCAGAAUUCAUUAUAAUAGUUAAAAGCUUUAAUUCUUUAUGGAUAGAUAUGUGUAAAUAAUGGCUUUCGGAUAAAGAAAAAAAGAUAUUUUUAAAAAUUACAAAAAGAAUAAAUAAAAUUUCAAUGAGUUUAACUCUGAAUCUAGCAACAUUAUUUUAAAGAUGUUUAACAAAGUAGAUUAAAAAAUUUUUGAUAAAGAUAAUUGUGUAAUAUUUAUUACAUUGAUUGAUGAUAUUGGUACGAUUAAAAGAUCGCAAAGUAAAUUUGAACCAAUGUUUGGCUAUUCCCUUAAAGAAGCUCUAGGAAAAAAUAUUUCUAUUAUUUUACCAAACUAAAUAGCUCCCUUUCAUAAUGCUAUUCUAUAAGAUUUUGUGGAUGAGUAAUUAUAGUAUGAUGAAAGCUCAAAUAACCUAAGAAAUAAAUAUAGCAAUACGAAGUCUUUGUUAUUAGCUAAAAAUUAAGAUGGAUGGGCAGUUCCAAUUUCAAUUGUUUUUAAAACUGAUAACAUAGGUUUAGAAGAUUGCGGACUAACAACUCAUAUUAUCAAAUUAAAAUCUGAUUCUGCAUUUAUAAUGACGUCAGUUUAAUAAUUCUAAAUUUAAUUAAUUUCUGAAAUUUUGUUUGACAGAUUAUUUAAUCGAUUUAUAAACAACCAAUCAGAUUUAAGAAGAAUUUAUUUAAAUAAAAUAAUCCCUUUGCUGCAUUAUUUUGAAAAGAAAUGGGUAAAAAUAUAAGAAACUACUGACUCAGAUAUCCAUAAGGAUUUUGUAAAGACAAUAGCAUUUCUCCCAAAAUAUGAUCAAAAGAUUAAUUCCUUCAAAACUAAUUCAUUAUCAACAACAAAUACUUUUGGAUUAGCAAAUACAAGGAAGAAAAGAUCUUUUAUAUUUGAAGCUAUGGAAUAUUCGCAGCUGGAUAAUGAAAUAAAAAAUUACAGUGUAGAAAGUAUGGAUGUUUUUUCUGUGUAGAUUAAAUUUACUCAUACAACCAAUAAGUACUUUUCUUAUAAUGUAAUUGAGAUAGCUUCCUUUAGAAAGCUGCUAGAUACUUAGGAAAUAAAAGAGUGUCUUUAGACUUUUUCAGGCAUGAUGAAAUCUCUUCUUGAUAUUUCUUAUCCUUUAUAAAGAGAAUAUGCUAAGUUAGACAUGUUAAAUUAAAGCUAAAUUUAAUUGCAAAGCUCAUAUUCAAGAGAGUAAAGCGCGAAUCACACUCUUUAAAUGUAAAGAGUUAAAAAGCCAUAUUAAUAGUUGGAAGAAAUCUUAGAUCGCUCAGAAUUAAAGCAAGAAGAAGAGAUUUAAUCUUAGUAAAAUAUUAAGAAUGUAAAUAAUAAUGAAUAAGGUAAUGAAAAUAAUAAUGAAUAAAAUGAUGAUAAAACUCCUAAAGAUCAGAGUAUCUACUUAGAUCUUAAGAAACUAAAAUUAGAAGUGAGAGAUUUAUCAAAUUAGCAUAUACAAAGUAGUAGUAGGAUGGAUUUAGACUAUCAACACAAUUAAAGUUUUAUCAAUUCAAGUUCUAAUUUUUUUGAUUAAAGUUAAUUUAUUGACUAGUAAAAUAGAACUUCCAAAAAUCAUUAAAUACUACAAUUAUAAAAUAUGGACAAUAAAAACUCUUCCUACACAAAAAUUCCAAAUAUUUAAGAGACAAAUAUAAAUCAUAUAGAUGCAAAUUAAUAUGUUUAAACUUUAUAAAGCUUAAAUAAAAUAGCUGUUAAAGAGUUUGAAAAAGCAGAAGAGUUUAAUCAUUUCUCAGCUAAAGAUUCAACUUAUUAUAACACAGAAUUAUAAACUAACGCAUAAAAUAUCAAUACUACAGAUAGAAUUUAUGAUACUUAAGGAUAAGGGUAGGAUUAAGGAAAAUUAGAAAAGCUACUGUUUGAACAUAAAAGUUCAUUUUAAGAGAUUUCAGUUAACAAAUAGAAAUCUCAAAAUCAAAUUUAAAACUCUAAAAAUAUGACAACAUCUUUGCAAAUGAAGAUGAGUGAAAAAAAAAAUUAGCAAGACAACUUAAUGAUGCAUGCAAAGUAAAUUGGAGUAAGUAAGAACUAAUAAGAUAAUAAUCAAAAAUUAAAUAAAAGAUUUUCAGAGUAGACAUUUAAAAAAACAGGUACUAUCUAUAGCAAAAAUCAGGAAUAUAAUUUUGGUCAAAACUCAAGUUUCGAGAAAAAGAAUUCAAAAGCACAACAGGAUCUAGAUAUUUACUAAAACAAGUGGAUUUAUGAAAAUGAAUUUGAAGGAGAAGAUAUCCUUAAAAAACGCUAAAACAAUAAUGGUAAUGGAUCCUAUUCUUCUAGUGAUGACUAUUACUACAAAUAUGAAAAAAAGAAAUCUAAUUUAGUUGCUACAAGCUCUAUUCAUACUUCAAAAAGCCACAACUAUGAAUAAAAAAGGAACUUAAAAGCUUCAAUCACUUCUAAAAGGAAGAAUUUUCUCAUGAUUGCAUUAACUUUGUUUGGAUUGUGUUCAGUCUCUGUAGUGGUAGCUCUGACUCUAUUCUAAUAUUUUAAUAUACUAAAUUAAUUCUCUCUGGCUUAAACAUGUUUUUAAUUUUUACCUUGGCCUAUGAGCAUUCGUGGUAGCUAUGUAAUAACUAUGUAAUAGGAAUCUAUAAUAUCGCUUAUUAAUCACAAUACAUUUCAAGGUAUUUAAGAUAAUAAUUAUUUGCAAACUUCAAUUUAAACUCUAAACGAUGCAACUAAAAGUUUAGUUUAAUUAUUCUAUUAAUAUCAAUCUUCCGAUUAAACAAGAAUGACAUUUUUCAAUUAUUUAAAUGAAAAUUAAUUGCAUUUAGUUACAAGCAUAGAUGAUAGACUAUCUAAAAAUCCAGAAACAUAUAACCCUGCUGAAAAAGAUAUCAGAAAUGUUACUGUAGCAUAUUUUAUUUAGGCAAUUUGUGGUUAUUUUAAUUAAAUCUCUCACUAAAUAUAAAAUACUUUAUAUUAUCAGAAGAUAUAAACAGACAAUUUUAUUGAUUUCAACAACCACUUAGUUAAAUUGCAAUCGUAAAUAUAAGAUGAUGCUACAAGCAUAAUUAAUUCCAUAUAGUAGUAAGUGUUAAUAUUACUCAUACUCGUCAUUGUUUUAGCAAUAAUUCUAAUAGGCGCUAUUUUCCCAAUAUAUUACUUUGUUCAAAUUUAGAAUGAGUUAAUUUUAAAAUUAUUUGCAACCAUUCAGCCUGAGCAUCUUAAAGCAAUGAUGAUUCCAAUUUAACUUGCACAAUCUGAAGAAAAAUCAAGCAAAUUCAAGAUAUUACCUGAAAAUUUUAAAAAGAAGAAAACUAUAUCUAGUACAAGCGUACUACCUAAAUUCAAACCAAUUUUUGUAGUCUACUGUUUGAUAUCAUUUGCUAUCUUAAUAAUCCAGCCAAUAACAAAUUAUAUUUUAAAUCAUGCAUUUUAGCAAGAGACCUUCCUAAACAUAGAUUUAUUAUUGAAUCUUUAUGAUCUUAAAGCAAAUUUUAUAAGUAGUGUUGCAGUAUUUUUUUCAGUAAUUGGUGAUCAAAUGGAAUUAGGAAUUUAAUUGUAUAAUAUUAAUUAUUACUAAACAAGAAUGGGAUAGCUUAUCAAUACAAAUUAGUAAAAGUUAGACUAAAUGUACUCUACUAUGAGCAGUAGUUAUGCAUAGUCGCGCUACUAGUAAUCUUACUAUGAUAACUUCUUAUACAAAAUCAUCUAAGAUAAUAUGUGCUAAGCAUACUAAAAUUAUCCUUAAUUUAUUUCACAAGAGGAUUAAAUUGAUCAAAAGGUUUGUAACUCAAUUUAUAAUGGAUCACUCCAAAAGGGAUUUGAAUUUAGUGUAAAGUUGUUUUUAUCUAGUUUUGUGGAUUUACAUCAAAUAAUUGAAGAUAAACCAAACUUUAAAAAAAAUAUGAUUUAAUGGGAAAGUGAAAAUAAGAUUUAAGAAUUUAAUAAAUUUUUUAACAUACUAUAUAAUUCUAUUAAUAUAAUGAGAGAUUUCAUGCUAUAGAUGAUGAAAGAUUAGCUAGAAAUGAUGAAAGAAAUAUAAACAAUAUUGCUCUUAUUUUAGUUAUUUGCACUAUUUUUUGUUUUCCUUGUUGGCUGGGUAAAAUUUUACAACUAUGUGACAGAAGAAAUGUACUUAGUAAAAAAUUUGAUAAGCAUAAUUUCGAUUGAAGUUGUUUUGGAAAACCCAUACAUUAUGUCUUAUUUAAAUCAAUGAAAUAGAAUAAAUAAACUUAUUAUUACAUAUUUCAAAAUAGUUU